AUGGAAAUAAAAAAUUAUUUCGAAUGGUCGUUGGACGAUCUGGCCAGGCCUUCAUUCUGGACGGAAUGUGCCUGUGAGAUGCUGGUCACCUUCAUUCUGCUGUCGACAAUGACCUUGGUAGCUUCAGUCAGCGAACAAGAUGCGAACCCCGCAAGUACGGUUCACGUGUGUUUCUACCUAGCCCGCUUCAUGUACGUGGCCUACGAGGGCUACGGGGCCAUCGGCUGCUGCGUCAGUCCCGUCGUCACAUUUUCAAUCCUCCUUGCAAGGGAAAUAUCCCUCGCCAAAAUACUUUUGGCGGAAGAUAGCGAACUGCCGAUGGUUGAUCCAGGCAGGAGUGGUCUGAAAAUCUGGCAGGCAACCACAGUUGAGGGCCUCUACUCACAAAACACAGUCCUUCCGAGCCUGGCUGUCUCAAUUACAGUCGCAUUUGGCAUUCUUGGAACGGCCCGACAUACAGGCGGUUUUAUGAAUCCACUCAUUCCAUUCGCGUUUGCUGUUUUCCACGGAAACGUGAAAAACCAAUGGAUAUACUGGCUAGGCCCAUACAUAGGGGGAACAUUGGCAGUGUUAACCUAUGGCCAGAUGCUCAAAGGCAGAAAGUACAAACCAAAGUUCAAGCAGACACAAACAACACAAAACCCGGAUAGGUUGAGGAAGUCUUUCAGUCAAGGGAAUGUCUCCCAACGAUGA